GCGCGUUAAUAACGUGUAAUGAUGGUGUUAUUUUACUUUAUUUUAACUUUUUAAGUUGUUGUUGAUAUGAUGAAUCCUGUCAAUACGGAUUUAGAUAAAUUCAUCAAAUGUAGAGAAUUAAUUUAUUUCGUCGUUUAUUUUUAUAGAAUUUCUAUGUGUGGUUGUUUUUAACUGUGAAUUAUAUCUUCUUAGCACAGGUUAAAAUAGUGGUCAUAUCGAAUGAAGAACUCAGUGUGCGCGUAUCGUUAAAAAAUAAAUAUUAAAAAUUAAUAACGAGCAAUUUUAAAAUUAUAAUAAAGAAUUGAUUAAAUAAUGGUUCUGUGUGUUUGAUUACAAAAUUAAAAUACUAAUAAAAUGAAUAAAUCACAAGAAAACAGUGAACGUAAACCAAAUCCAAUUUUAAAAGCAAAUUUCUUAUCAAAAUGGUUCUUCUGGUGGACACGAGAGACAUUUCGUAAAGGCUAUAGAGAACAAUUGGAAGCGGAUGAUCUUUACGAACAUAUUCCCACUUUGGAUAGCAAAAAUGUUUCGUUUGCUCUUAUUAAGCAUUGGGAAAGAGAGGUUCGCCGUAAAAAGCCUAGUUUGUUGCAUAUGAUAUUUAGAGCAUACGGAUGGAAAUUUGUACCAACAUGCAUUUUGUAUUCAAUUUUGGAAAUUUCUAUACAUUGUUCACAGCCAUUGUUUCUCGGUGGAUUGGUGUCCUUUUUUGCUGAGGGUCAAACGGACAUAAGUAAAAAUCAGGCAUAUCUCUAUGCCACUGGUAUAGUUCUGUGUUCGUUGGUAUCGACGCUAUGCUUCCACCCCUUCAUGUUCUACCUCUUUGAAACGGGAACUCGUAUACGUUUGGCUUGUUCUGGUUUAGUUUAUCGGAAAUGUCUACGUUCCUCGGUGACAGCAGAAAACAGCGGAAUGAGUGGCUUUGCAAUUGCGGUUCUUUCAACAGAUUUGCCACAAUUUGAUAUGACAUUUUAUUUCUUUCAUGAUUUGUGGAAAGGACCCAUUGAGGCAUGUAUUAUGGGUUAUAUAAUGUAUUUAGAAAUAGGUUGGCCAGCGAUUGUUGGCUUGGCUUCCAUUAUAAUUUUUAUACCACUACAAGCAUGGGCUGCUAAAGCCUCUGCGCACUUUAGGCAUGAGUCGGCGGAACAUGGGGAUGAUCGUGUUAAGUUAAUGAAUGAGAUAAUAACAGCCAUGCAGGUUAUAAAAAUGUAUGCCUGGGAAAAAUCGUUUGCAAAAUUGAUUGCUUUGAUACGCAAGAAGGAGAUAAAAGCCAUUAGGGGCUCUAUGAACAUCUACGCAGCUCUACAAUGUACCGAAAUGAUUUCCAAGUUAGCACUUUUUCUUAGCUUGGUGUCGUACGUCUAUACUGGUGAGAUUGUGACUGCAAAAAAGGUGUUCAUCAUAUCCUCAUAUUAUGAUGUUUUAAAUGAUUCUCUUUUGCACUUCUGGCCAUUGGCAGUUACUACUUGGGCUGAAACGACAGUAUGUGCCCGUCGUGUUGUCACGUUUCUAAUGCAGAGCGAAGAUCCGGCGGAUGGAGGAUUAGAAAACUUCGGAAUGGACGACGAUGAUGAAAAAGGAAAUUUCAGUGGUCGUGUUCACAAUCCCAGAGCUAUUAAAAAGGGAGUUAUCCUACACAACUUGUCCGCUAGCUGGGACAAAGUUGAAUCUGAUAAGCGGCGGAGCCACAUUGAAAAUGUAAAUGCUCACAUUCACGAACAACAAUUUAUAGGUAUUGUUGGUAAUGUUGGCUCUGGGAAGACUACAUUACUUAAUGCCAUACUGGGAGAAUUGGAAAUUAUUAAGGGAAAUGUCGAAGUAAAUGGCACCAUAAGUUAUGCACCGCAAGAAGCGUGGAUUUUUGAAUCGAGUAUACGAGAGAAUAUUCUAUUUGUCGAAAAAUACGAGGAGGCACGUUAUAAGGCGGUAUUGCAUGCUUGUGAGCUAGAGCGAGAUAUUUCCCUAUUUCCUCACGGAGACUCGACAAUAGUGGGAGAACGCGGUAUAAGCUUAAGUGGCGGACAAAAGGCACGUAUAAGUUUGGCGCGUGCGGUUUAUCGCCAGGCUGAUAUUUACAUAUUCGACGAUCCUCUCUCUGCGUGGACUCUUAUGUUGGCACGCUUGCUAGAACAAUGCUUUAAACGAUUUCUAUCUGAUAAAAUUCGUGUAUUAGUGACACAUCACGUACAACAUCUAAAGGACACUGAUCGUUUAAUAUUAAUGGAAAAUGGAAUUGCCGCCGAGCAAGGUACAUAUGAAACUCUCAAAACAACAAUACGUUUUAGAGUACACCUGGAACAUGAAGAUGAUGAACAGAAAGCAAGUAUUCAACAUGCCGACAGCAUAAUUGAUAAGGAUCGAGAUGAAAAGUUCAAAACACAUGAGAUAUUGCCAGAUGAUACAAAGGAUAAAGGAGAAGAACGCAAAGAACUUCAAAUGCAGGGGUCUGUCAAAUUGCUUACCUAUUUCACCUACUUUUAUGCCUUGGGUAUGCCAUGGUUAAUUAUUUUCGUAUUUGUACUCUUUAUAUUGGCCAGAGCUUGUCAGGCGACAAUGGAUAUUUUCAUAUCAAAAUG